GGUUAUUGCCCUUCUUUCUGACAAUUGCUGAGCUUUUCCUUUCAUAUCCACGGAAAUCUUAAACCCUUAAACCCAAGCCACUCUAUUACCAGAGACAGGGAGCGCCAAUGAAGCUUAGUUGUAUGAGCAAGCUCAUAUCCUUUUCCCUUCAAAACCCUCGCAGAAAUUAUGGUGCUUUACCUUCACUCCGCCCUUCUAAAACCCCAAACCCACCUUCUCUUUCUUCUUCUUCAUCCACUACUCUCCACGAUCGCAUCAAGGUCAUCAGAGACCCAAAAGCCUCGGUUCUACCAGUGCUCGAACAGUGGGUCACUGAAGGUGGAGCUGUUGAGAAGCAAGAGCUUCAGUCACUGGUUCGACUCUUGAAGGACUUCAGACGCUUCAAUCACGCUCUUGAGAUAUCCCAGUGGAUGACGGACCGCAGGUAUUUUGAUUUAUCACCAAGUGAUGCUGCGGCUAGACUGAACUUAAUCCACAGAGUGCAUGGACUAGAGGAUGCAGAAAAGUACUUCAACAAUAUGUCGAAGAAUUUAAAAUCAGUUAAUGCAUAUGGUGCUCUUCUCAGCAUUUAUGUGCAAGAGAAUUCUGUUGAGAAAGCAGAAGCCACUAUGCAGAAAAUGAAAAAGUUGGGUAUGGCAAAGACAUCAUUCCCUUACAAUAUGUUGAUCAAUCUUUACUCUCAAAAUGGAGAACAUGAGAAGAUUAACAUACUGAUGCAAGAAAUGGAAGAGAAUGGAAUUCCUCUCGACAAGUACACUUUGAGAAAUCGAAUGAUUGCAUACAUUGCAGCAUCUGACAUGCCUGGGAUGGAAACUAUCCUGAAUAGGAUGGAGGAAGAUUCAAACUUCAUUGUUGACUGGAAAAUAUAUUCAAUGGCAGCAAGUGGGUAUCUAAAAGUCGGGAUGAUAAAAAAGGCUUGUUCAAUGCUGAAAAUGAUGGAGAGAAUGAUGCCUCUCCAGGGCAGGAAAUCAUUAGAAUUUCUUAUCACUCUUUAUGCAAAUACUGGCCAUAAAGGGGAGCUAUACAGAGUUUGGAAUACAUACAAGCAAUCAAAUGAACCAAUGGAUGUACCAUAUGGUUGCAUGAUCUCAUCUUUGGCAAAGCUUGAUGAUAUUGAGGGGGCUGAGAGGAUAUUUGAGGAGUGGGAGUCACAAUGCACAGAGUAUUAUGACUUUCGGGUGUUGAACAGGCUUCUUGUUGCGUAUUGCAAAAAGGGUCUUUUUGAUAAAGCAGAAUCAGCUGUAAAGAAGGCUGCGGAAGGAAGAAUCCCUUAUGCUAGCACAUGGAAUGCGUUAGCAAUGGGUUAUACGGAAAGUAAGCAAAUGCCUAAAGCAAUUGAAACAUUGAAGAAGGCACUGUCAGUCGAUAGGCAGGGCUGGGUGCCUGAUUCUAGUACUCUGACAGCAUGUUUGAAUUAUUUGGAAGGGCAAGGAGAUUUUGAAGGAAUUGAAGAGAUCAUAAGUUUACUAAAGAACUUGGGUCCUUUGUCCAGGGAUUUGUAUCACAGACUGCUGAGGGCUAGUGCUGCAUCUGGAAAAUCAGUUUCUAUAAUUCUUGAUCAGAUGAAAGUGGAUGGUUUUACUGCUGAUGAAGAAGCAUACAAGUUUCUUGAAACAGGGCCAAGUUAGCCUAUUGUAACUCCUUUCAUUGUAAGAGAAUUAAGCACAUCUCAAAAGAUCCGAGAGAACUUAAAAUUCCAGAGAGCCAUCAUCAUUGAACAACUUGGGUUGGCCUUUUCUUCUUGCUAGAUCUUACAUCUGCAUCAAGUUCAAGAAGGCACCAGCCAGUUGCAGAUCAUCAAGUAAUGUUAUCAAACUAUUCAAAAUAUUGACUCUGAUUCAAUACUAUGUACGUGGUCUCACAAU